AUGAGUGGCUACGUCGCUAAGGGAGAAAAGGAUUAUGAUGCGGCUGGCGCGCCUUUGACCGCCAAGAUUCACAAAAUUCGCAUCACGCUCACGAGCAGCAAUGUCAAGAACCUCGAGAAGUUCUCCAACGACCUCAUCAACCGUGCAAAGGACAAGGAACUUCGAGUCAAGGGCCCCGUCCGUUUGCCUACCAAGGUUUUGAAGAUUACUACCCGCAAGACUCCUUGCGGUGAAGGUUCCAAGACUUGGGAUCGCUACGAGCUCAAGAUUCACAAGCGCUUGAUUGAUCUCCACUCGUCGAGCGAGAUUGUCAAGCAGAUUACGUCGAUUGCCCUCGAGCCAGGAGUCGAGGUCGAGGUUACCAUUGCCUCGUAG